AGUGUAGACAGCUGCUGUGCGGCCUGAGAGAGAGACGCUGCAGGUGGCUAUGCUGUGGAUGCUGCGCUGCAGGUUAUGGCUUCAGCUGGCGGUGUGACCCGAGCAAUCAGACUCCCUGGCAGUCACGGCUAUGCUGUGGAGUUCUCCCCUUACGUCCCAUCCCGGCUGGCCUGUGCAACCUCCCAGAAUUAUGGCAUAUCAGGGAGUGGUACUCUUCUUUUAUUAGAACAAAAUGAAGCUGGACUUGUUUGCAUUAAAAGCUUUAAUUGGAGUGAUGCACUCUUUGAUGUGACCUGGAGUGAGAUCAGUGAGAACAUUCUUGUUACCUCUAGUGGAGAUGGAUCUCUUCAGUUGUGGGAUGCAUCCAAACCACAAGGACCUUUACAAGUAUUCAGAGAGCACAUCCAAGAGGUUUACAGUGUGGACUGGAGUCAGACAAGAGGAGAGCAGCUCCUGGUGUCAGGGUCUUGGGAUCAUACUGCUAAACUAUGGGAUCCCUUAGUUGAGAAGUCACUUUGUACGUUCACAGGACAUGAAAACAUUAUUUACAGCACUGUUUGGUCCCCACACAUUCCAGGCUGCUUUGCGUCUGCUUCAGGAGAUCAGACCUUAAGGAUAUGGGAUGUGAAAGCGCCUAUGUCUAGGCUAGUUAUCCCAGCACAUCAAGCAGAGAUUUUAAGUUGUGACUGGUGCAAGUAUGAUCAGAACCUUCUUGUGACUGGCGCCGUUGACUGCAGUCUGAAAGUAUGGGAUUUAAGGACAAUACGACAGCCCAUCUUUGAACUACAUGGUCAUAACUAUGCUAUUAGAAGAGUGAAAUUUUCACCCUGCCAAUUCUGGUGGCCAUCUCUGCAUUCAUGUCGCUGCUUGCUUGGCUCGCCAAAAGCUCUAAGCAAAUUUCAGGCACCUACCCAUGCUUACCAGGUCUGGGAGAUGGUGUGGCUGUCGUUCCUUAAGCUCAACCUCAGAAUGCCUACUCUGAAAUUGGCACCCCGUUUUAUUGGGCCUUUACGUAUUCUCCGGAAGGUUAACCUGGUUGCCUAUGCUCUUGACCUCCCUUCUAACAUGCGCUAUAUCCAAGGUUUCCCAUGUAUCGCUCCUGAAGCCACUAGUGUGUAA